CCUUAUUUAUAAUUUUUUUUACAGAAAUUGGACGUUAAUAUUACAGCUAACACGGCUGCAAUACGGUCAAACUGUAGUUAGCAUAAAAUCUAUGGUCACAGACAUUGAUAGAACACUAUUGUGUUUUAGCGAUUUCUUUUUUAUUAGUAAACUUUAGCUUUAAUGAACACUUCAUAAAUAAAACUAGAUUGUGUCAUAUUAGCACGUGCGUCAAUUUAAUAAAAGUAUUUCGAAACAACUUUUUUACUUCAACCGUUACUAGCUAGCAUCGGCUCAUCCUGCUGUGAAAAAAAUGAGUGACGAAGUUUUCUUAACUGAACUCAACGGCCUUCUAUUUCAAUUAGGUCUUAAUAACCGGGAGCUUUCUCAAAAGAAGAAUGAAAUUACGCAACAAAUUGGAGAGCACAGCCUUGAAAUUGAUGAGACAAAGUCUCACAUUGAAACCCUCCAAGGACAUGUCAAGAAACUUGAAGAGGAAAUAAACGUGAAGCACAGCAGAAUCUUGAAGAACAAAGAAAAUGCAAAUGGCAUGAAGGCAACCAGCAGCCUUCUUUUUCAGUAUGAACAGAUGACGAAAGCAGACCUGGAAAGCAGAAAAGCCAGCUACAACAGCGACUUGGAAGUCUAUGAAGAGAAGAUUUCAAGCAGCAGAAAGACACUUGAGUCAUACAAAGAAAGAUAUUUUAAAAAUCCUCUUGCUCAAAAGCUGCUCAAGCUGCAGGGUGAAAGUGAUGAAAUUAGGAGUCGAAUCAAGGCCUGCAAUGAUCAAAUAAUGGCCAAACAAAAGGAGAUGGAGCAUCUCCGUGAUCCAGCAGCCAAAUUAUCUUCCUCUGAGAAGCUGUCAGACAGUGGUUUGGGCCAGCAGCCCACGGCAUAUGAAGAGCAAUCAGAGCAUCAGACUGAGGAGAACGAGACUUCUGCCAUUAAUGACAUCUCAUCCCAGCAUCUCGAUCAAACAGCUGAGCGAGAAACCUAUGCAGUAGCCAAUUUUGAGGAGGAUCGUGAACAAAACAAGGUGCAGGAUUUCCCCACCUGUCUUAACUCCCCUGAGGAUCCAAACAAAGAGCUGUGGUCCUAUCAGCAGAUGGAGGAGAAAAGUCAAGCAGAUGAAAUUGACUCUGAAGCACAGAAUCGGGAAACUUCCAAAGAAAACCAGGUUUUGGAAAAUAAGAUGGCUGUGUUGGAUGUAGAGGAUGUUCUAGAGGAAGAGAUGGAGACUAGAGCUCCUUCGGAAGAAGAGCAAGCACCAACUGAAGAGGACCACCAGGAGGUUUUCGUUUUCCCCCAGUCAUCACAUCAACAAGAUAACCCUGAGCCUCUCACAGGAAGAACAGCAUCAUUGGCUUCAACCCCAACAUUUACAUUCAACCCCAGCCCCACCGGCUCCCCACAUCGAGACACCUCCGAAGCAAAAUCUCCACAUUUCCUGUUCGCCUCCACUUCCAACGCAAGCACCCCGGGCUUUCCUGGAUUUGGAUUUGAUGUGGGCUCGUCCCAGGAAGAGGACUCAUCUUUUGCUUUCACUGGCUCCCUUUUCAGUGAGAAGAAAGCUUCAGAAGCAAAACCUUCAAGCUACCCUGAAUUCCUGUUCGACCAACCAGACAAAAGCGAGGAUUUCCAGUUUGCGUUUGCUGCCAAGAGUCCUCAGCCAGCCGGCAAAGAAAACAAGGAUGAGUUUCCAUUUUCAUUCAACUUUUAAAAACACCAAACUAUUACCAAUCGGUUCCCCA